AUGUCAGAAAAAUUAUGUGAUUAUGUAAUUAAGGAAAUGCAAAACUUGACGUGUAAGCGUGUGAAAGAGUUAAUGGAAAUUUGGGUGACAAUGUUUGAUGAAGACUCGUGCAAAGAGCAUUCGAAAAAGCUCAUCAGCCAUACUAACGAUUUCUAUCAAGAAUUGCUUGAACAAUCUCUCUCACGACGCUCGAGUAUUCGAUUAGACAUAGGUAACUUGGAAGAAGAACUCAAAAAUUUAAGCAGUUUGCUGGAACUAGAGAUUCAGUUGCCCCAUUACCAAUACGAUGAAACGCCUUUGACGAUAGUCUAUUGCGAACUCGAUCGCAAUGUGACGAAUUUACGCGAAAAAUUGGAAAAGAAGCGCGCACAAGUUUUUAAAUUGCUUGCCGAACAAAGAGUUCUAUGUGAUGAACUCGAUGUGUCACCAUAUCUUCUUGUUUCCGAUCCUCUACCGAAAUCUUCAGAUAUUGAUGCUUUUCGUAAGCAUUUGGAAAAUCUAUACAACCAAAGAGAAAAACUUUUGGAAAAAUUGCCUAUUAUGCAACGCGAUAUUCAGAGCUUCCUCGACAUUUUGAAUUUAAAAUCGCUUUCAGACGACGAAAAUCAUUUGCUACAUUCUUCCCAUGUAAAGUUAAGUAAGGAAACAUUCGAAGGUCUGCGCCGCAUGUACGAUUUAUAUGGUGGUCAAGUAAAAGAACUUAAGGAUAAAAUAGAUGACAUGCGCGGAAAACUCGAGACUGUAUGGAGUCGCUUAAAUACCUCGCCAAAGACACGUUCAAAAUUUCGUGCUUGUACCGAAUACAAUCAAAAUACCUAUGACGUCCUUUAUGAUGAGUUGCAACGUUGUGAAUUGGCCAAGAGACAUAAUAUCAAAAUGUAUUUGCAGCAGAUACGUGACGAAAUAAAUGAUUGGUGGGAUAAAACAUUGAAAUCUGAGGAGGAGCGAAACCGAUUUUUAAAUUUCCGAAGUAAUUGCUAUACGGACGAUCUAUUGCACCUACACGAGCUAGAAUUGAACGAUUUGAAAUCAUUUUAUGAGAACAAUCGCCAGCUGUUUGAAUUGUUCGCAGACCGUAAUAUAUUAUGGUGUCGGAUGCAAGCUUUGGAGGCUAGAGUCUCUGAUCCGGGCCGCCUUAGCAAUCGCGGCGGUCAAUUAUUGAAAGAGGAGAAGGAACGCAAAACUAUAGCCAAUAAAUUGCCGAAAGUUGAGCAACAAAUACGAGACUUGGUAAGCGUGUAUGAGAAAAGAGAAAAUAGUCACUUUUUUGUUUAUGGGAAAAAUAUAAUUGAUGUCAUGUCUUCUCAGUGGGAGGAAAAGCGCCUUGAAAAAGAAAAAUUAUUAUCGGCUCGUAAGAAUACUGAUAAACCUGCUAGUUUUAGAGGCAACAACAGCACCAUCGUUAAACGAGCGGCAAUGACUUCGAAAUGUGCCGGUUCUACCUUGUCAUUGAAGGAAAUUCCCUUGAAAAAUUGUGUGCAAAAAACAUCCUCUAAAGCAGAUUUAAACUCGGCAGCGCGUAAUUUAGCUGGUGAAGCGCAUAAAUUGAACAGAAUAGAAAAGGUUGAAAAAGAAAAUUUAUUAUCGGCCCGUAAAAAUUCUGGUAAAACAUCUAAUUUUAAGGGCAACAAUAACAACAGUACGGCUAAACGAACACUGAUGAAAGUAGUGACUUCGAAAUAUGCAGAGUUUUCUUUAUUAUUGAGGGAUACUCCUUCGAAAAUCGCAAAUUGCCUGCAAAAGACUUCAUCUAAAAAAAAUUUUAACGCAGCCGUGCAAAGCUUAACUGGCAGGAAACGCAAAUCGAAUGGAGUAGAAAAGAUAGCACCCGUAACUAAGCGCUGUCUAAUGCAAGAGUUCAAACUAAAAACUCCAUUAAGGGCGAAACACAUGAUGGCCAGUACUCCAGCCGCGCGUCGCAGUGGAUUUUUUAAGAAAGUAUGGUAAUAAUAAUCUUUUUCUUACUAUCACUCCCAACCAUCAACAACAAUGAUAAUCGAAUAUAUACCUUUAGCGGGGGCGCUGUCCGGGCCGUUGAUGAAGACACUUAUGGCUUAUGUAGGUCAGCAAAACCACUAAAGUGAAUGUUGUCCAGUGAGCUUGUCUAUAAUAAUGAGAACUUAGAUGCACGGAAGUAAACAAA